AUGCAUUUGAUGUAUACUCUCGAUGCAGAUGGAAAUAGAGUAUAUACGCUUAAAAAAGCAACUGAUGCAGGGAAAAUCACAAAGUCGGCGCACCCUGCCAGAUUUUCACCGGAUGACAAGUUCUCCAGGCACCGUGUGACGAUCAAGAAGCGCUACGGUGUCCUAUUGACCCAAUUACCAGCAAAGCCUCUCUAG